AUAUAAGACACUACACGUCGACGAACAAUCACAGUAGCAACUCCAAGAUUGCUUGUCAGUUUUCCAUCGUCCGCUAAACUCGUCUUGUGAAAAACACGAUACACUCACUAGUCAACAAUCAACAUGAACCGUCUGUCAAUUGUUUUGGUUAUUGCAUUGGUCAGUUACUCACUGGGUGCACCGGAAAACAUUGAAUCGCACAGUGCAGACAUAAAUCAUGACUUAGAGCACAGCGGUGACCAUGAACUUGAGAAACAGAAUGGAUAUGGAGACGGAAACGUAAACACUGAUCAAUCUGCACCAGAAAAUCCAAUACAAGUUUUCUGUCCUAGAAGAAUACGUACGACGACUAGCCGUUAUUAUAUGGCAAUGAAUCAUAAAAAAAUAUGUGCUGUAUUGUGUGGAGCUUGUGCUUCGGGACCAGAAACAACAGAUUGUUUGGAAUGUAAGACUGGAUUCUGUAAAUUCAUGCAACAUGCCUAAUUAUGUAGUCAAUUAUUUCAAUUUUAUGCAAUUUGAUUGUAGAAAUCAUGAUAAUUUGUACUGAGAUGUAUGCAAAUUAAAUUUGAUACAUUUUUGUUUA